UGUUUGCCAGCAGGGGGCGCUGACGUUAACGAGAGGGUGGUAGGUGCUGAGCUCUCCUCUAAGCGGCAGCGCAGGACAGCAGACGGGAAGCUUUCUCGCGAACAAAUGGCGUCCCUCCUGUGCGAAGCAGCUGAUUUCCUACCGAGCACGGCAGCAGGAAUGGCGGAGAGGUAAACACACCGCCCCCGGAUUUCUUUUGCAACAAGAUAGCACGCAGGGUUUUUGUGCAGCAGGAGCAGCAGCAGUGGGCAGGAGAAACACGGCUGGACGUUGCGCACCCUUCGGUAAUCGGGAGCAGACCGCCGCCGUCCCGGUGUACAAACAAUCCUACUGUCAAGCAAAACAGGCAGGAGAGAGUCAGCUGCAGCUUGUGCUUCCCCUCCGGUUUGCUUAUUUAUCUGCGGUGGGGUUUUUUUUUUUUUUUUUUUUUUUGGAUGUGUGUUUCGCCGAUGGUUAUUGGUGUUUGUGUUUCACCGGGGCCUGAUCUCAGGCGCUGCAGGCGACAGUAGCGGGUCAAAUGUUUCCACCCCGACAUUGGAGGGACACAUAAUGAACAUGGGCAUCACCCCUUCAGAGAUAUCCUCCUCCUCCACCACCACCACCACCACCACCACGUCCGCCUCCUCCUCCUCCUCCGCCUGACUGACUGCUUGGCCGCCUCUUCGUUAAUCCAAUUCAGGAGAUCAUCUUUUCAACCUUUCCUGUGGUUGUUACACCAUCAAGACGGCGUUAUCUCAGAAAGCCAGCUCUGUGGCGGUGAAGAUGACCACGGCACGGUACCGUCCCACCUGGGAGCUGGCCGUGGACCCUCUGGUCUCAUGUAAGCUGUGCCUUGGAGAGUUCCCUCUGGAGCAGAUGACCACCAUCACACAGUGCCAAUGUGUCUUCUGUACACUGUGCCUGAAGCAGUAUGUGGAACUCCUGAUUAAAGAAGGCCUUGAAACUGCAAUUAGCUGUCCAGACUCUGCCUGUCCCAAAAGAGGACACUUGCAGGAAAAUGAGAUUGAAUGCAUGGUGGCCACAGAGAUGAUGCAGAGAUACAAGAAGCUUCAGUUUGAAAGGGAGGUGCUGUUGGACCCGUGCCGGACGUGGUGCCCUUCCUCGACCUGCCAGGCCGUGUGCCAACUAAAGGAGUCAGAUUCUCCAGCGUUGCCCCAGCUGGUCCAGUGCGCCGUCUGUGCCCUCGAGUUCUGCUCGGCGUGCAAGGCCAACUGGCACCCUGGGCAGGCCUGCCAGGAGAACAACCUGCCCAUUACCUCCUUCCUACCAGGAGAAAACAGCUCUUUCUAUAAGAACGAAGAGGACGACGCACCAAUCAAGCGCUGUCCCAAAUGUAAAGUUUACAUCGAGAGGGACGAGGGCUGCGCGCAGAUGAUGUGCAAGAACUGCAAACAUGCCUUCUGCUGGUACUGUCUGGAGUCCCUGGAUGACGACUUUCUCCUGAUCCACUACGACAAAGGACCCUGUCGAAACAAACUGGGCCACUCCAGGGCGUCUGUUAUCUGGCACAGAACACAGGUUGUGGGAAUCUUUGCUGGCUUUGGCCUGCUCCUGCUGGUUGCCUCCCCCUUUCUCCUUCUGGCCACUCCCAUCGUCCUCUGCUGCAAGUGCAAGUGCAGCAAAGGCGACGACGACCCGUUGCCAACCUAAAUGCGCCACAAGGGCUGGAGUGGAGAGCCGCUCCAAGGAUGGGCCAUCUUUUUUUCCUUUUCGCCCCCUUUAUAUUCUUUUCCUCCCACCAGCUUUGAGUGCUUCAUUUUUUGGGCUGAGCCUGCAGCCAGCCGCCCCUCCCCGCCCUCCCCAUCAGCCGCUUGGGGAUCCAUCGCUCUGCAUGAAAGAGGCAUGGUAGAAAAGCGACCGUACACCUUGGCCUGAGGAGAGAUGCAGGGUCAAAGGUCAGAGGAGGUGAGAGUUGUUUAAGGACCUCUGUCGAAGGACGUUGGUGGUUUGGGGAUGUGAAGGAGGACUGGGCCACUUUUAAGUGGCCUUACUGUGAGUUACUGUGGUGUGGUAUUUUGGCGGGUCAUUACAAAGGAAAAAUUAAGAAAUGCUUUUCUCUUGUAUGGACAACAUCAUGCAGGAGUCACCUUAGAGAAAACUUCUACUUUUUUCGCUCUGUUUCGUCGGCUUUGUCUUACGCAUAAAAAGCUUUUUUCCCCACCACCACACCUGAUGUAGCUCUACAGAUUCAGUCAGUAGCAUUAGAGUUACACCACGCAUGUUUGGUGUUCACUCGAUUUGCACACAGAACGUGAUUUCUUUUGUCAUGUUCCCGACUGAGGUAGAGAUGGGAGGCUGUUGUCGCUCUCAACUCAAUGUACAGCACGUCCUCUUGAUGAUGUCAAUGUUUUAUAACCUGUCGCUUUUAAUAGAACUGUGCUCAGAGUAGUGUCUAUGUGUUGUACUUUUGAGUGUUUUCCAAACCGUUAGGUACACAUAUUAAAGGGGAUUGCCACUCAAAUCUAAAAAUACACUUAUUUUCUGUGGUCAAGUGACAUUGGCAACAAGUUUUGUUAACUAUUAGCUUAUGUUUUAUACCCAAAUGUUCUAAUUGUUGCCAUCUCUCCUAAUUUGUUCUCUUGACACACUUCUAGACGUUACACAUUGGAAGUCAUCACUGUAAGAGUGAGAUUAAGUUUCCGGAAAGCAUUAAAAGAUUUUCAUGAUCCAGAAAAAUUUCCCAAAGUGAGUGGUACUCCCCUUUAAGUUAAGUAUUGAGUUAAAGUCUAUCAGAGGACUUUGUAUCCACAUGUUGUGGAACCAUUUUAAUACUUCACUGAGAGAGAUGUCACUCCUAUAAUUCUCAGUCCCCAGGAGGUGGUUUAGCCAAAUAGAGAUGAAUAGCCUUAAAUUGAGAGUAGCCAAAAUCAGGCAUUUCCCCCCUGUGCUUUAAAAAGAGUUCAAAGUCAAAAUCCAAAUAAUCCCAGGGAAAGCAUGUUUAAAGGCAUUUUCAAAGCAUAACAGUCAGACAGUGAAGCCCUUUAUAUUCAGAUGAUUCUAUGAUGUCAUCCAUCUGCCACACUGUUAAUAGCCAUACUAUUUAAAAAAACAAAAAAAAAACAACUGUCCUUAGCUAAUGUUCUGUGUGACCUAGGGCUUGUAUUUCCUAAGCCUCUCUGAGCAGGAGCACUGAUCAUCGUCCAUCCAGCUGUUUGAAUCUCAGAUCACAGCUCCAGCUCUUUGAGGUUUAACAAAUACCCGUUGGCCUCAAAUUGCAAACUUGCAUACGUUAGUGGUCCGAGUGUCGAUGUUUCGUUUUGUUGGUAGGUAGACUUCCAACAACAAGCAGCUACUCCUCGCAGGGACGUCAGAGAAGCCUAUAGAGUAAAUAUAAAAGAAUGUUUCAGGCACAUAAUUAUGAAGCUGCUCUAUACUAUAUCACUUUAUCUAUGCAAGUUUGUACAUUACCAUUCUUAAAAGGCUAUCGAUUGGUCACGAUCAGCUGUAUGUCAUGGGUCAUAGUGAAAGCUGCAGAAUGUUGCGAUACAUGUGCAUAUCAUGGCUUUUAUUUCUUUUAUUUAAUCAGGGAAUUGUUCAGAAACUUUCCAUCUUACUUUGCUCUUUCGAUGCUUUUUCUGUCUUAGCUAUAUUUCAAGGUUGCUAGCUUGAAAUCCUGAACAAAAUACAAAAUUUAGCCAAUGUCUUUGCUUUGCUUUUCUGGGGUAUCAGAUUUAUUUAUUUUUUUUAUUAUUUUUUUUGUACACAGUAGAACUAUUUCACAAAAAGUUACUUCAUGUUUGUCAGUAAAUAAAAAAAAGAUAAAAUAAUUUAGUUAUAAACAGAUUACUUGCUAUCAUGCAAAGCCAUUCCAACGUUAUCAAUAAGCCAUUUUACUUUGUCCCUCCUUCUGGUGUAAUUCACCAGUGUUCAUGUAGCAUUUCAUGAGAAGUGUGGCUACAGUUACCAAAAAACUUGGUCAAUAGUUAACAACAGUAGCUAAUCUAAGCUAAACAGUAGCUCAUCAUCUGCAGCUCCCGUCUGUUCUCAUAGAUUUAGCUCUGAUAUUCUGCAUAAUAAUCCUUGUUAUUAGUAGCCUUAAAUUUUGAGUACCUAACCUGUAGCCUGCAUUGCUUUCACUGACCUCACCUCCUUAUGAGCAUGAUAAUUUGAUAUCAAAGCCAGUCCAAUUUUCUACUUAUGAAGUUUUUGUUCGUGAACCCUAAACUAGUCAAAUUCCAGAAGCUUUUGUUGUUGUUUUCAUGACAAUCGUGCCAAGCAGAUUUCCUGGAAGGGAUAAGGAAGCAGAGCUGUCUACUGUAUGUGCAUUUUGACCAUGUAUUUGUAACGUAUUAACAGUUUUUACAGGGUGGAAAAAUAUUUUAAUGCUUCUUUAUGUAAGCGCUGCACUGUAUAUGGGUUUCAUUGUUUUACUUCUUGAUAUGAUCUGUGACGUGUGUGGAAUGGUGCCUGCUGUGUUUAAUGGAGAACGGAAACUAAAAAGUCAAUACAUAUAGACAGAUUGCAACUGUACUUAUUAAGGGUUUUCACAAUUUAAUCUAUCAGGGGUCUGACAUCAUCAGGAUGAAAAUUACUUUCAAAGUCUUGAGUCUUGAGCAGGCACAAACUGAUGAAAGUCAAAUAAAAUCAUUGCCACUUCCAUUUUUUUACACAACACUCUUCUCCUAUUGUUUGCUGGCACUAAUGAACAGGUAGAUACUGUAUUAUGCAACAAACAUUAAAAGGGCCAAACAGCAAACAUUACAAUCACUGCAGUGGCACAUUGCAUAAUUAUUUGUUAUCUAGGGCCAGAAGAGGUUUGUCAGGGCUCAAAUAUAAAGGUUUAUAAAAUCACUUAACAUCAGCAGAGGUGUUGGAAUAGAACAGUCCGACUGAGUUAAGGGCUUACUUCUGACAUUUGGCCCUUGAAUGGGAAGUAUGGUAAUGUUUCUAACAAAGGCUCGAGAUCUACUUUGCAAAUAUCCUGAGAUAAAGUUUGGUUACGAGCAGCAAUUUAUAUUUUAUAACCUGUUGUGUCAAGAGAUGAAGCUGCAUGAUUUUUCUCUGACUUCUUCAUGUUAAAUAUUACUAUAUUGUAGCCUCUAAAGAUCUUUGGAAUGGUAGCGUUGUCACCCUUUCGCCCAGCUGUUUUUUUUUUUUGUUUGUUUGUUUUAAUUUUUUGUUUUUGUUUUGUUUUGUUUUUUAGAAAAUACGCUAUGUACAAUAUUGAUCAGCCUUCCUCCAUUCAGCAGGUUGGCUUCAUUCGUCUGUUACUUCUUUGUUGAUUUUUUUUAAUAUGCCUGUGUUACAUCAUAGAUGUUGUAUUAUCUUUUGGAAGAGCGGAAUCUUUUAGGCCUGAUUGGUCAAUUAAAUUUCAAUCAGUCACCUCAGUAAGUGGACUGUUGUCAAAAGAAAAGCUGUUUGUUUACCAUUUCUAAACACAGAGGCUUUGAGUCUCCAGUUCAAUCAGUAAUUGAAAGUUAAUUGACCCUGGGUGAUUACAAAGAAAUCAGCAUUGUAAAAUGGCAUAUUUGGAUCAGUUCUGUACAACUUUAGAAUCAGCAUCUCAGUAUAUCUUACAGUUCCACUAACACUGUGACACCAGGUAUUAAAGGUUGUUGUUUUUUGUGA